AGACAAUUCAGCACAAUGAUUUCCAUUGAAUAUAAUCUAGGCUGGAACAUCUCUUGUCAGAAAUUCUAAGCAAGAUAAGCACAACGAACAUUCACAAGCGAAAACCCUCAAAACUCGAACUCCGCCAAAACGAAUCCAAAACCCACACGCCGAACGCUCAACUCCCACGACGACGUGCACCCCCCCCCCUUCCCUUCCGAACGGCCCGCCAUUGGACUUGACAGGGCCUCUUCGAUUCUCGGACAGUUGCAAAUCUCUCUAAGAGAGCUUUCCCUUCCCCCCCAACAAAUAUCGACCAUGUCGUACGAAGAGCGCGCCAACGCGCACCCCAACCUCAAUGACGAGUCCGAUGUCGAGGAAGAAGCCCUCGUCAAUGACUACCGUGAGCAGGUUCACUUCGAAGAUGGCAUGAGCGAUUUGGAGAGGACGACGUCGCUGGGUGCUGCUUCUCAAACACAAGAUCUCCAGGCGCAGCUGGCCGCCGCCGCGACCCCGCUGGAAUACCAAGCGACCCUCGAGACCAAGUUUGCCAGCUACGACAACUACUGCAGCCUUUUCCACUAUAUCCUCAACUCGGACGGUCCGGUUGAGCUGGAGGUUCCUUCUUACUUCUGGGCUUGGGACGUGAUCGACGAGUUCAUCUACCAGUUUGAGUCGUUCUGCCGCUAUCGCAAUCGUGUUGCCCGCAGCGGAUCCAACGAGGAGGAGGCCCAGCUCCUGCGGGAGAACCCCAACACCUGGGGCUGCUACUCGGUGCUCAACGUCCUCUACUCCCUCAUCCAGAGAUCGCAGAUCAACGAGCAACUGGCCGCCAUCAAGCGCGGGGAGGACCCUCUGGCUGUUGCUGGGGAGUACGGUUCUCGCCCGCUUUACAAGAUGCUGGGCUAUUUCUCGAUCAUCGGCUUGCUGCGCGUGCACUGCCUGCUGGGCGACUUCAGCCUGGCCCUCAAGACGCUCGAUGACAUCGAGAUGAACAAGAAGGCCAUGUUCGCGCGGGUAAUGGCCGCCCACUUCACGACGUACUACUACGUCGGUUUCUCCUACAUGAUGAUGCGCCGCUACGCCGACGCCAUCCGCAUGUUCAGCCACAUCCUUGUCUACGUCUCGCGGACAAAGAACUUCCAGAAGGGCAGCAGCUACGAUGCCAUUGCCAAGAAGAACGAUCAGAUGUAUGCUCUGAUUGCCAUCUGUGUCGCCCUCCACCCGACUCGCCUCGACGACACCAUCCACUCCGCCCUCCGCGAGAAGUACGGCGAGCAGCUCAACCGUCUCCAGCACGGUGGCCCCGAGGCCCUCCCGCUCUUCGAGGAGCUCUUCCGCUCGGCCUGCCCCAAGUUCAUCAGCCCCACCCCGCCGGACUUUGAUAACCCGGCCGUCAACAUCGACCCCGUGGACCACCACACCGCCAUCUUCAUGGACGAGGUCAAGAACACCCUCUUCAAUCCCACCAUCCGCUCCUACCUCAAGCUGUACACCACCAUGGAUUUGAAGAAGCUGGCCGGCUUCCUCGAGGUCGAGCCCGAGAAGCUCCGCUCCUGGCUGCUGAUCAACAAGCAGCGCAGCCGCCAGGUCCGCUGGGUCGACGGCGGCCUCCUCGAGGGCGACCCCGUCAUCUCCAACGAUCUCGACUACGCCCUGGAGAACGAUCUGAUUCACGUCAGCGAGACCAAGGCCGGUCGUCGCCUUGUGGACUGGUACUUAAGAAACCUUGCCCGGGUGUACUAGAACGUUCUUUUAUGCUUCGAGCUAGGGCACUACUUCUUUGGAAGAGGCAAAAAAGAAGUAUCUCAAAAAUGGAAGGACGGGACGUCGGCAUUUAAUGGGUACAGCAGAAUACUGUAUCGGUAAUCUGCACGAUAUUUCAAAAGGAAAAAAAAAAAAAGCCAGCCCUGCAGCUGAAGUGACCUCCCCGGUGUACUUCUUGCGCAGAAAAAGCCAAUGAUCAAAUGAAUGAGACUCAACGUUGAUCUAGACCUGUUAACUCUUUUCCCCUCUACCCUGAUUU